UUUGAAAACAUAACCUAUUUUUGUUGAAUCGAAAACGGUGGAAAAUAUUUUUCUUCUUAUUAGACCGGUUAUUCCGUUUUUAUAUGAUUUACAUUUAAUAUAAAUAAAAUAAGUAUAAUGGCACAUAAUAUCCAAGGCACAUUUGUUUCGCAAAAAAUAAACAAAAUUCGCUGGAGACCAGAUCCUUUCAACAAUUCUCAUAGCUUUCUUUCAUGUAGUUGGGAUGAUGAACAAAAUUCAAUUAAAUUGUGGGAUUUUCAAGAAAAUGAUGAAUUAGAAGUUCAUCCUUAUAUAGUUACACAAAUGGAACAUAAAGGAGAUACAACAGAGGCUAUAUUUUUAUCACCAGAUAUCUUCGUUUGUUCUUCAUCACUUGGAUCAGUGGGAUUAUUUAAAAUCAUUUAUAAUAAAAGCAGUGAAAUAAGUAUUGAAAGUGCCACACAGUGGCAAAAUAUUCAUAAAUUUCCAAUAGAAGUCAGUUCCUGCACUGCCAUUACCAAUUAUGAUCAAGAUAUUGUAUCUGUUGGUGAAGAUGGUAGAAUUAACCUGCUCACCUUAUCAUCGGAAAGUAUAGUUAGGAGCUAUGAAAAUGCUGAUAGUUGUUCUUUAAAAUGUGUAAUCUUCUUAAAACACAAUGAAGUAUUAACCAGUAAUAUCAGGGGUCAAAUGAAGAUAUGGGAUUUGAGAUCAAAAAGUGAAGAACCAUCUAAUAUGUUCGUAAUGAGCAGUGAUAUGGUUGCACCAACUUGUUUAACUUAUCACCCUACCCAAAGACAUUUGGUUGUUGCAGGGGAUGAAGAUGGAUCUAUAACUAUUUGGGAUUUGAGAAAAAACACUUUUCCAGUAAACCUUCUUAAGGCUCACGACGAAAGUGUUACGGAAAUUAAAUUCCAUCCUGAUUACCCUGACCAUCUAUUCAGUUCUUCAAUGGCAGGAGAUAUAUGGCAUUGGUCACUUAAACCUAAGCCUUUGUCAAGUAUGAUGAUACUUCCAUCAGAAAAGGAUGAUAACAACAUAUGGUUUGCAUCAGAUGAAUUUAAAAACAAACUGGAAGUUUAUACUUUAAUGGAUCAAUUACACAAACCAGUCAAUACUUUUGACGUUAACCAGAUGAAAAUGAUAUGUGGAUGUGAUAAUGAAGCUAUCUACUAUAUUCACGAUAUUAAACUUCAUAAUCCUACAAAAUAAAUUCUCAUUCUUUUGUACUGCA